ACUGACUGAGUCAUAUGAUUUUGACAUCUGAUGUUUACUUUGGUCAAAAUAUUUCACGUGAAUUGAUUUUUACCUACAUUAAAUUUAAAAAAUGGGCGCAACAAUAAUUCCCUUCAUUAUUUUCACUGUGUUAUGGGGUGGUGUUGGUAUAGGACUACCGUUUUUUGUUCCCAAAGGACCCAAUAGAGGAAUUAUUCAAGUCAUUUUGAUGUUAACUGGAGUAUGCUGUUGGUUGUUUUGGUUAUGCUGCUAUGUAGCUCAAAUGAAUCCGCUCAUUGGUCCCAAAUUGGACGAGAACACAGUUUUAAUAAUGGCGAAACAGUGGGCUCACCCAAUUAAAACGGAAUAAGGUUUAAAAGUAAGAGCUUUCCAUUCCAUCUUUUCCAACUUAGAAGUGUUUACACUGAGAACUCUUUAGACUUAGGGUCUCAAAAAGAAAUUAUUUAUUUUAAUUUUAUCAAUAUACAUUUUAGCCGUUUACCUUUUUAUUAAUGUUAUCAAAACAAGUUUUUUUUGUGAUUAUACUUUAUGUAAAUAUUUUCCUUACACGUAAAUUUUACAUCCUAUGAACUGUUUAAGUAUUGUAUAAAACUGGUCACUGAAAUAAAUUUUAUUUCUAGUAAUAUUAAGUUGUUUUUAUAAUUAUUUAAUUAAUAUUGUAUUUUUAGGUGCCAUGCAUUAAAGUAAAAAGCCUCUAAAUUUUUAUGUUGUACAAUAGGAAUUUUCCUGCAAAUUUCAUAAAACCACUUCAUGGAAAUACCCCUAAACAAAAUUAUGUGUAUUUGAAGAAAUUGGUUAGGAUCUGGUCUGUCAGUUUAGGUAUAAGCUGAUUAAAUAAGACAAAUAAAUGUUAAAACGUUUAUAA